CACUACUCCGUGAUUACUACCGUGUAGCUUUACGGAGAGCUCUCCCAUCUUGGCUCACGAUGCGCAGGCAAAUACAGCCGAAUGCUCCCCCAGAGAACUAUAAUUCCUGACGGCGAUAUUACACCCACUAUCACGAAUUAGAACCCCUGAUGCAACGUAAUGAUGACCAACACAACCUAACGAACUUGAAGCCUACCGACGAGACGGAAAACGAAAGGAAGCACCAGCUGAGGCCCUUCCACGAUGGCGACGCCGCCAAUUGACCGUCACGAGGCCACGCCGUUCCUCCUCCGCCUUUUUUACAGGGAGGGCUCCUUUCACAGGCCCGAAGAGUUCGCCGCUCGACCCCUCCCCCCAUCUCUCCCCCUCUAUGCCUGGCACGACUGCACGCUCAACGAACUCGCUCUCCAAGUCGCCGCCGAGCGGCCGUCUCUGCUGCCAACACCAGCCAUCGGGACCCGCCUCGCCUUCCGGCUCGUGAUUCCAGACACGCGAGCAGGCGCCGGCGCAGCCAGUUCAGACCCCCACCAUCGUCAUGCUCCACCGCGAUUUAUGGUCAAGGACCUAGGCAGUAUAGUUAUCGGGGGAGACGUACCGGGCGUCGCAAACGGCUUUGACACUGUUGAUGCCGAGGAGCUCGUCGGCGUUGCAAGGAGGCCCCCAUCUCCCAUCGGCGAGAAGGCGAAAACGGGCGGUUCCGCGGGUGACACGACGCUCCAAAGUGCCAAGUUCGUGAUCGGGGACUACAUUUCUUGCGCCAUCCUCCCGCCGUUACCGGAUGGGUCUAUAGCACCAGAGCCGAGCGCGUGGGAGGCGCCACUAACUCGCAACGCUAGAGGGCUGGGAGAUUCGGGGCCAUAUGCACGCGGAGGACGACGCGAUAUCGGAUUUGGACGGGCGAGAAGAGAUCGUGGAAGAUCGGGACUGGGAAGUUUUGUUCCUGAGGGAGAGUGGCGGAGGGGGGAAAGGGUACCUGGGCAAGCGCCUGAUCGAUCAUGGGGAGGCCGGCGCGGACGGGGACGAUGAGAAACUGAGGGCAUGCAUGGGGAGGCUGUCUCAAAUUGGCGUUCUGGGUCUCGGGACGGUUAAAAUUGGGCUUGAUUGGCGCAUCCAUACCCCCUUAUCGUAAUUCCGGCGAGCAUCAUAUCAUCACGCUCUUCAAACCGCGUAGCUGCAACCGAAGAAACCAAG